AUGAAGGACCAACUCAAGCGCAUAUUCCGUUCACCACUAUCGCUGCGCCGGGGCUCAGGGCUACCGAACGACUCAGCCCAUCAUUUACAAAAAAGAGGUUGCAUUACGGCUUUACCGCUGGAUACGCCAGCUGAUUUAUCGUCUCCCCCGGUAGCGGACUUCUGGCAGAAGGCACUUCACAGACUAUCUAUGAAAGACCAAUUGUUAAUACAAAAACAUACUACCACACGAUCAACUUCGUGUAUCGUUAGCGAUAUGCCAGUCUUACUGCUUGAAGAAGUCAAGCAGAAACGGGAACUAUUUGAAAGUAGAAGGUGGAAUGUCAGUUUGAAUGGCUUCACUUUCCGCUUGAGCGAUAUUGCAGACAAGGUCACGACUUGGUUAGAAAAGUUGAAGGCUAUUGGUGAUAUUGCUGUCAAUGCAGACCUAAUACAUGCGCGGUUGCCAUGGGCAGGUAUCAGAACCUUGCUACUGGUAGCCACAGCGGAUCGCGAGGCUAUGGGUUCCCUCCUAGUAGGGCUUGAUAAGGUUCUCUACCUCGUUGAUCGGUGUAAGGUCUACGAACUUUUAUAUCUCCACGAUCCAAAGAUAGAGCACGCGUAUCAUAGUUUAGAAACCACGGUAAUUGAACUCUAUGUCCUAAUCCUGCAGUUCCUACUUACUGCAAUCCGGGCGUAUGAGCGAAGCACGAAGACAAGUAUUUCACCGGCGUUUUGGACUCUCGAUUGCAUUAACGAUUAUAACGCUCGCUUUGAAGCGAUUAUUCCACGCAUCGACCACGAGGCUCAAAACUGUGAACGAUGCUAUAGUCGCCUCGAUCGUGUUAUUUCCACCGACAAAUUUGAACGGUUAAAGAGCGUGCUUGAAGACAUUGAGCGAGUCAAGACCCAUCAAAAUGAGUUUCAAAAUGCGGAUAAUACGCUCCAAAACAUAUGGCGACUUCUUGACGAUAAAAAGCGAAAUGACGUCCUUGGGUGGAUAUCAGACAUUCCAUUUAAGGAUCAUCAUACACUGGCGAGGACUGGCCGUACAGCAAAUACUGGUGGGUGGCUCUUUGAGCAGUGGGAGUUCCAAGAUUGGCAGUUAUCUAAGGACUCAAUGAUAUUUUGGUUACACGGUAUAUCCGGCGCUGGGAAAACGAAGCUUGUUUCCCGAGUUAUUGAUGAGUUCCUGCAGGACCAGGGCCAGAAGCUGGUAUAUUUUUAUUGCAAUCGGAAUGAGAAACUUCGUCGGAAGCCAAAGGAGAUUAUUCGCAGCUUUGUCAAGCAGCUUUCGAUCGCGGAUGAUCAAACAGUAGUCCAUGACAGUCUUCUUCAAGUCUACAACCAUAAGCGACAAAGAGGUUUCCCGUCGACGGACUUGAGCCUCGAAGAAAGCGAAGCGCUCCUAGCUCAGUUAAUUUCCACAUAUCCGAAGACAAUACUGGUGCUAGAUGCCUUAGACGAAAGCGAAGAAGGCUCGAGGCAAGGCCUCAUCAGUUAUUUCAGCCAACUCGUCGAGCAAAUACAAAGUUUGAAAAUCUUCAUCACCAGCAGGCGAGACGGUGACAUAGCAAGCCAGCUCCAAACUAAGGCUAACGUUGGCAUUGAUGCAACAGCUAAUCAGGAUGACAUUGAGAAAUUUGUCUCACAGAAGAUAGAUGAAGACACAAAAAACCGGGCUACCCCUAUCUCUGCCGAACUGAAAUAUGACAUUGUCCGUAUUCUUCAAGAUAAGAGUCAGGGCAUGUUUCAAUGGGUGGACUUACAAGCUACGGAACUGUUAUCCCUAGGUCUAGAAGACGAUAUUCGUGAGCGUCUGGGAUGCUUACCAGCUGACCUACAAUGCGCAUACAACGAGAUCUACCAGCGAAUCCUAGAGUCCAAGGGAAGCAAGUUCAAGAUCGCGACGAGAGCCCUACAGUGGGUUAUAUGUUCGGAGAAGCCUUUAACGGCAGAAGCCCUCGUUUUCCUCGUAUGCCAGGAUCCCGAGAUUGAUACUUUGAUAACCCCAUACGUGGACGUCCGAUUCAUCCUAGAUUCAUGCUCUAAUCUCCUUGUCUUGGAUUCCCGACAGUUUUGUCAACCCUCGCAUCUCUCCGUGAAAGAAUACUUUGAAAAUCUUUGGGGCAUAGGCAAAUGUCAUGCCAAUGCUGCAAAAAUAUGCCUAACACAUAUGCUAAUCGCAAACAAUCAAUUUUCACAAGGAUCUUCCAGGUAUUCUGCUACGAUUGACAACAUCCUCACUUACGCAACGCAGCACUGGUUUGUGCACAUAAGGAUAUAUGAGCACUAUAUCAGGAAUACAGGUGACAAAAUUGAUCCUUGCUUGUCGCAGCUUGUUGAGAAGUUCCUCGGUUCUGUCGAGGAAAGUGGGCCCGCCUAUAGAUCCUGGUGUGAACGUUGCAAACACUUGCCAGACUUCCCCAUUGAAGAUCUGAAGCCUUUCUCUAAUCCGGUGCUAGCAGUUUGCCGAUUCGGCCUUCACCGCGUCCCGCUCACAUGGUGGGAAUCCAAACUCGUAGACCCUGAGCAAUCAAACAAAGCAGCCAACUCGCUUCUAGCGCUAACGGUCUUCAGCGAAAAUGAAUAUGCCGUUCAAAAGCUAUUGUCACUUGGAGCAGACGUCAAUAGACAGCUUGAUGGGCUGCUCUGUAGCAGAUCCGCUCUCGGUGCUGCCUCAUCACGUGGAAAUCGAGUAAUCAUCGAGCUACUACUAAGCACAGGAGCCCAGAUCAAUCAGAAGCACACCGGAGGCCUCUAUGGCAGUGCACUGGUGGCAUCAGUCGCAAACCCGGGAGGUAGUAAGGCCACCCAGCUGCUGCUAGACUCAGGAGCAGAUAUCAAUCAAGAGCUUGAUUGUGGGAUAUUCGGCAGUGCUCUUGCUGCUGCCGCUACUCGUGGAGCCGGAGGAUAUGGCAGUACAAUUAUUCAAUUACUGCUCUGUGCAGGAGCUAACGUCAACCAAGCCCUCACCAGUGGGAACUACGGCAGUGCCCUAGCUGCUGCCGCUUCAACGCCCAUAGGUCAUGAGACGAUAAAGCUAUUACUUGCUUCAGGAGCGAAUGCCAAUCAAAGGCUCAUUUGGGGGAAAUAUGGUAGUGCUCUAGCAGCAGCAGCAUUUGGUAGCCCCGCAAAUACCUCACUCCUGCUAGAUGCAGGAGCAGACGUCAACCAAAUGCUUACCUCUGGUCUAUACGGCAGCGCACUUGCGGCGGCAGCGUAUAGCCAAGCAAAACAUACCGUGAAACUCCUACUCAAUGCAGGCGCUGAUGUCAACCAAAAACUAACCACAGGACUCUAUGGCAGUGCCCUUGCAGCAGCGGUAGCCAAGCCGGGCGCCGAUGAGGAGAUUGUGCAAUUACUGUUGGAUGCAGGGGCGCAUGUGAACCAAAAACUUUCCUCGGGUCUUUACAGUAAUGUUCUAGAAGCAGCACGAGCGCGAACUCGCCCAGGACUUUACGAAAUGCUGCUGGGGACAGCCAUCAGGAAGGAUCAGUGA